AUGGCGACGACUGCUGCACUAGUACGGCUACAGGCCAUUGUUUUACUACUUCUUAAUGUACUCCUUCAACUACGAGCUGCUCCAUCGCAUGCCAUCGUGAGCGGUAUUCUCACAUCCAUUGUGCGGAAACCAGGUUUACCGGAUGCGCUUUUUCCAUCCGUCUGCCCUCCUUCCUGUUCGCAACUGUUCCACGCCGAAGAGGCCAUGCUUAACGACUCUCUCAGCGAUCAUUGCAGCUGCGUCUGUCCUACUGAUGCUCCUGUCUACCUGAACACGGCUGGCUACUGUACGAAUGCCGCCAUAACCUUGCUUUCAACUCUUCGAUCGACACUGAACGACUCAUUCCUGUGCUCUCAUUGCCUGCCUAGGAACGGUGUUCUUCACCCUAAAGUUCCGAUUCGAUGGGCAGAUGGCGGAAUCCCUGUCUCUUCUAUGGGAACGGUUGAAUGUGCAGUCAGCGCGGUGUUCUUCGACAAUAUGGAUCAUCGAUGGAGAGCUGCCAAUCGACGUACUCUCUUCGAUAUUGCUACUGCUCACCAACGUCCAGUGGUAAUGUUCCGAGGAUCAGAGUCAGACGUGGCCAUUCUGACGGGAUCUGUUGUCCAACUGAAGCUGUCCUGCACCGGUUUCGCCCCAGACGAACACUGUCUGUCCUUCAGAGUUGCCGGCGUAUCUGGUGCAAACCCUUACCUGCUCCCCUCGACAAGUUCAAGAGCUGAGCUGCUGUUCAUUCUUAUUUUGGCCUUUCUGCUUGCACUCUCCAUCGCAGGAUCGUUCGUUGUCUGGCACUUGUGUUGGCGGAUCAAAAAGCGGCAAUUAAUCUCUGACAUACAAAUGCAGUUCCUCUUCCAUCUGCAGCAACAGCAUGAGGCACAAAAAAUAGCAGCUCCUCAGGCAGCUCCUGCAAAUAAUGAGAUGGGGCCAUGCGAAUUCAGAACGCUCAUGGAACGAAUUCCCAAACGGCGGCUGUAUUUUAGUGCAGAGUAUCUGGAUGAUGCGAUGAUGGCCAACCCGCCACCGGUGGCCGAACAAUUCCUCACAGAUCUCCGACGGGUGAUCGAAGUGGCGAGAGAACGGAUACGAAUGCGACGAUUCGUCCCGAUGCUCAUCACGAUUCCCGAGGAUCAUGAAGAGAGUCGAUAUGCAGUGAUAUCAGAGACCAAAGCAGAA